GGGCCGGUCAGGCGCGGGCUACUGCGAUGGCCACCACCGGGGCCCUGGGCAACUACUAUGUGGACUCCUUCCUGCUGGGCGCCGACGCUGCUGACGAACUGGGCGCCGGACGCUACGCUCCAGGGGCCCUGAGCCAACCCCCAAGACAGGCGGCAGCACUGGCUGAACACCCCGACUUUAGCCCUUGCAGCUUCCAAUCCAAGGCGGCGGUGUUCGGUGCCUCGUGGAACCCGGUGCACGCGGCGGGCGCCAAUGCGGUACCUGCCGCCGUGUAUCACCACCACCACCACCCCUACGUGCACCCCCAGGCGCCCGUGGCCGCGGCGGCGCCGGACGGCAGGUACAUGCGCUCCUGGCUGGAGCCCACGCCCGGCGCGCUCUCCUUCGCGGGCUUGCCCUCCAGCCGGCCUUAUGGCAUUAAACCUGAACCGCUGUCGGCCAGAAGGGGUGACUGUCCCACGCUUGACACUCACACUUUGUCCCUGACUGACUAUGCUUGUGGUUCUCCUCCAGUUGAUAGAGAAAAACAACCCAGCGAAGGCGCCUUCUCCGAAAACAAUGCCGAGAAUGAGAGCGGCGGAGACAAGCCCCCCAUCGAUCCCAAUAACCCGGCCGCCAACUGGCUUCAUGCUCGCUCCACACGGAAGAAACGGUGCCCGUAUACAAAGCAUCAGACGCUGGAACUGGAGAAAGAGUUUCUGUUCAACAUGUAUCUCACGAGGGACCGGAGGUACGAGGUGGCCCGGCUGCUCAACCUCACCGAGAGGCAGGUUAAGAUCUGGUUCCAGAACCGCAGGAUGAAAAUGAAGAAGAUCAACAAGGACCGAGCAAAAGACGAAUGAGCCAUGCGGGGCUCAUUUAGGAAAGAGCAAGCUAGAAAGAAAAAGAAAGGACUGUCUGUUCCCUUCUCCCUCCUCUCCCUCCAUCCCACCGGCUCAAAGCGGCUCUAAACCCCAGGCCUCAUCUCCCCCUGGCAGUCCCUGCUCAGGCUGGCUCAUAGGCCUGCCGGCUUUAUUGGAGGAGGUAUUGUACGCUUUCCAUUUUCUAUAAGACACACACACAAGGGAGGGCAUUAGCUCUGAUGGCUGUACUGCUAGCUUGUAUAUAUAUUUAAAAAAAAUCUACCUGCUUCUGACUUAAAGCAAAAGGAGAAAAAAAAACUACCUUUUUAUAUAAAAUGCACAACUGUUGACGGGCUGUAUAGUUUUUAGUCUCUGUAGUUAAUUUAAUUUGCUCUUUGUGUGGCAGGUCACGCUGCCAAAAUACUUGAACACUGUGUUUUACUGUGGUAAUUAUGUUUUGUGACCCAAACUUCUGUGCUGGGUGAGGCACCCAUUUGUGAUCGUGGAAGCUAGAAUUCGAUUUGAACUCAGGUUGUUUAGGGGGAAGAGAAGCAGUUGCAUUGCGUAUAGCUCUGUAGUGGGAUACUGUGUAACUAGACUGUGCACUAGCUGUAAGGAUUUCCCAGUGAAAUCAGAUUCAGAAAGAGAAGGCAGGUAGUUCUCCAGGACGCAGAGAUUCACCAUUUCUCUCCUUUUGAAAUGUGGGCAUCCUCAUCUUUACAUGUUCCAGGUUCCAGUCUUGUCCAAUGUAUAUAGAAUCUCCAUAUUAAAGAGACACGCUUAAUCAGACAGGCUUGAGAAUUGUUUUCGCACCAGAGGAGAAAUAAGGAAUUUCGGAGCUAUACAUAUGUGCAGAGGGUUACUACCUAUGGUUUACGCUUAAUUUUAAUUGGGGGGGGGAAUGAGUGCUUAUUGUAAUGGAGUUAAUCUUAUUGAUAAUAAAUUAUACACCAUGAAACCGCCAUUAGGCUACUGUAGAUUUAUAUCCUUGAUGAAUUUGGGGUUCCCAUCUGACUGAACGUACACUGUAUAUUUUGCAAUAGUUACCUCAAGGCCUACUGACCAAAUUGUUGUGUUGAAAUAUUUAA